UUCGUAUGUUUGGGGUCGCCUGCCUAGCUCCGUGCGUCCGUGCAGUCCGUUUGCCGAUCGUUGUUCGUUGUACGCGCAGCUGAUGUUACCUCGUCCUGCGUGUGGCUGUCUGUAGUCUGCUGUACAUUGUCCUCUUGUAGUGUUUAACAAAGCAACCUCGCUAGGCUUUAAUAGUAGUAGUGUUUUAGUGAUUUCCUUAAUAAUUAUCUUCCUAUUACGCGUACUAAACGUUGUUUUUAGUGUGAUGCUUCUGUUUAUUUCCAAGUGAUCGCCUAAUCAAUUGGAUAUCAGUUAAUAACUGACGAAUUAAAGGUGAGCCAAUCGAGUAGCGGCGGUGGCUGUCUAUAAUCGAUUUUUGGAUAAGGCACAAUUUGGAGAUUUACUGAUUUACAGCUCUUGUAAUUAACAACACUGGGGCGCAAAGAAAAUUAUUCCAGCGCCGCGAUGGUGGACUAUUACAAAGUCCUUGAUGUGCCACGCGGUGCGAGCACUGCUGACAUUAAAAAAGCAUACAGAAAAUUGGCACUAAAAUGGCAUCCAGAUAAAAAUCCAAACAACUCAGAAGAUGCAACCAAGAAGUUUAAAGAAAUUUCAGAAGCGUACGAAGUUUUAUCCGACGAAUCAAAACGAAAAAUCUACGACAACCGUUUCUAUCAAAGGGCAAGCACCAACAAAUCUUCACGUAGCUUUAGAAGCUACUUUGACACCCACACUCCCUUUCACCGAAGUUUUGAAAAAAAGAGAAGAGUAUACGACCAGUAUGGCAAAGAAGGGUUGAUGAGCGGAGCGACACGUUCACGAACCCGACACGACGAUGACUUCGAUUUAGGCUUUGGUUUCUUUACAUUCCGAGAUCCAGAAGAUGUAUUUAGAGAAUUUUUUGGUUCUCCUGUUAGUGAUCUCUUAGCGGAUUUACAUGGACAUCACGACCACCGAGGUAGGCGAGGAAAUCGUCACUCUCAUCCACAGAACGCCGUAAGUUCGACCAUAUUCAACCCAUUCGGUUUCGGUUUAGGUUUUGGCAAUUCACUUAUGGAUGACUUGUUUCACAAUGGCUCUCCCGGCUUUUCAUCGUUUAGUAGCUCCUUCUCCAAUGGCACGAAUGGACAUACAAAUAUUAAGAAAACAUCGACGUCCACGCGUUUUAUAGAUGGCAAGAAAAUUACAACAAAAAAAGUGUACGAAAAUGGGAAGGAGACAGUGGUAACGUACGAGAAUGAUGUAAUGAAAUCAAAGACUGUCAAUGGGGUUCCUCAAAGUCUUACUUAUUAAUGGAGUGUACAUUCGAUAAGGGAGUUUACGUUGUUUUUAGAUAUUUAAAAUCUUUUGUUAUUGCACGAAUAUUACUACAUAUUUUCAGGAAGUAGCUAAUAACAAAAUUGUCAAUAUGUAUCCAAGAAGACUUACUUAAACGGCUUUGUUCAUUCUUAUGUGAAUAAAUAUUAUAAUUCUGUUUUCAGAAUUCAUUAAUGUAUCUUUGUUAAUAAGAGUUAGAUUUUGAAUUAAACAAAAUUCACACUUUGAGCACUUUUACGAAAUCAUAUUUACCGGAAGUGUGCAGAGGAAAGAGCGUGUCCAGAGUUCCAAUUUGCCAAAGUGAUAUCAACGGUUUUAAAAAGUAUUUUCUCUGUAAUACGUUUUUACCAUUUAGCUUCUGCUUGUAAGUAAUAAAAUGUUUAAUGGUACUGAAAAUGCUACUGACGUUUAGUUGAUUAGAAAUGUGAAAAAACUGCUCAGGUUUGUACUUUAGUUUUGAUUAGUUUUUCUCAUAGGUUUAAAUUUAAUAUACGAUUAAGUAGUAAGUAUUUAUUAGGUUUCUAAGUAUCUUAAUUAUUUUAUUGUGUUUUAUUAGGAAAUAUUGGACGUUUGACUGAAGUACAGUCGAUUUUUUUACAACUAAAUCUUUAAUUUGGUUUAACUAUUAUUUGAUGAAUUUUUUUUGACCUACAGAAAUGUAACUGAUUAAAUGUGGUCACUGUAAGAUGGUGGUAUAUCUAUUGUAUUUCAAUUCAAUAUUUAUUGCGCGAAAUAAAAGUUGUAAAGUUCAUACUACUGCACACCGAGAUGUAAAUGUUACGCAAUAUAUUAUGUGUGCUUAGAUUGUGUCUACAGAAAUGUAUUAUAAUGACCAUAUUUAGAAACAAA